AUGGUAUCAAAUACGGAAAAAGAAAUCGUGAUUAGGAAUGAGAUACUCGCAAACGAAAUCCAGGAAGCAAUGAAUACUGGAUACUGUCAUCAAAAGGAUAGAUUAAGUGCUUGCAAGAUUACCCAUCACUUACACAUCGGUAUCACGCGUAUCCGUUACGAUCCUUCUGACGCUAAAGUAACUCACAGGGCACCUCCAUUACCUUAUCUGCCCUUAGGCACUCAAAUCCAAAACGCAGUGAUUCUCUUUUGUCAAAGAGAAGAAGACCUAGACAACCGUGAAGACGUGGUAGUGGUUGUCAAGUUAUCAGGAUCUCAGCUCAAGGUCUAG